AUGAUCCCAGUUCUUAUAAACCUAAUUGCUAAAAUCAAGAGAGAAACAGGUUCCAAAGUUAUUCUUAUGUAUACCGACAAUGGGAAAGGAGAAUUUGGUACAGCUUUUCAGGAAAUUACUACCAAACACGCUACAUACUUCAUCAACAGAGUACCAACUAAAGCACUACCCUUCGGAGAAGCUGGACAGCUAGCCCUUGCUACUACUCCUUUUGAAGCAUACUACAGCAAACAACCGGAUUUAAUCAAAUUGAAGGUUUUCAGCUGCAAGGCUAUUCCAUUAAACCCUCAACAGCCAGGAAAAUUUAUGAAGAAGUUUGAAUCACGUAUAUUUUCAGGAAAUUAUGUGUUUGUUGGCAUAGAUGGCAAUUACAUUUACAAUCUUCUUAACUUCAAUUCCAGAAGAAUCAUUAAGAUAGCAGACGCUAAUUUCAAUGAAUACAGAUUCCUUUUCAAAAAAGAAUCAGAAUUGAAGAAUGCUUUACCAAAAGUUUCGAAUACAACCCUUGUCACAAACAAAAGAGACCCUCCUUGUUCAGUCGGGAGAUCCAGGAAAAUCUUCAGUGACGAAGUUGUACAACAAGUAAAUGCUUUGAAAGUUGUCACUCAAGAUACUGAAGGUUCUAAUCAAAAAAGUGAUCCAAUGGUGCUUUUUGAGGCAGUUGAACUAGAAAACGCUAUGCGAGAGGAUGCUCAAGCAUGGAUGGAAGCAAUAAAUUCAGAAUUAACUAAUCUUAGAAUCAAUGACACUUUCGAAAUCAUACAGGGUGAGGUUCCAAGAGGUAUAAAACUACUUAGUUCGAGGUGGAUCCUACAGAACAAACUUGAUCAUCUUGGGCGCUUGAUUAGACGAAAAGCAAGGUUGGUUAUCAAAGGAUAUAUACAAUACUCUGGUAUAAACUUUGAAGAGAUCUUUGCAAGAAUUAGUAGAAAUUCCAUAUUAUAUACUUUCCUUGCGAAAGCUGCGGCCGAAGACCUUGAAAUCAACAAUAUGAAUAUCGACACUGCUUUUCUGAAUGAAGAGCUCAUUGAUGCAGAAAUACUAAUAGAAAUCUCACAAUACUUCAAAAAGGCUUUCCUGGAGAUUAAGGAGAUGCUUAUGAAAGACCCUCAGAAAGCCAGAGUUUAUUUGAAACUCAAGAAAUCAUUCUAUGGGUUAAAAUAA